AUGGGAAUGGACAAACCAAAACGCAAAUUCACGCCAUUUCGCGCGAUAAUGGCUUGCGGCCGGGAAUUCUGCCGGCAGACCUCCAUGCAUGGCUUUAUCCACAUUGCUGCUCCUAACCGGUGGUGGGGGGAGAGGAUGCUGUGGGCGUUAGCAACGGGAGCAGCAAUAUGGGGAGCCGUGGAGAUAUCUCUGGGGCAGUGGCAGAGGUACAACGAGAACCCCACAGUCGUGGCGCUGGAGAAGGACUUCAGAUCCUGGCAGUUCUGCAUGCCUGGUCUCACUCUCUGUGCUAUGAACAGAGUAGACGAAAAGAAACUACCCUCAGUAAUCAAGAAAUACUGGAACGUGGAACCCCAAGACCCGGAGUACGCCCGCUACGAGCACUUCGUGCGCGACGUGGCCAACUCCAGCAUGCUUCAUUUGAAGGAUCUGCUGCAGCAUGAGGGCGAGGACCUGGAGGUGGAUCUGUACCAACUUGCUGUUGACGUACUUCCGGAGUACAACAUAAAGCCCACCUGGUCUAUAGCGAAUCUGCAGGUUCCCUGGUUCACCAUAAUGACAGAGGUUGGCGCAUGCUACGCCACCAACUCCCUGGCCAUCCCUGAUGAUGCUAUCGAGUCAUUCGGGAAACCUGGCGUGAACCAGACCAGCCUGUUCCCCCUGACUUGCAAGUACUCUUCCCUCAACUGUUACGUCACGAUUGAGGUGGCGGUGCCUAUUUUGUUCUACAUCCACUCCCCCUACGACAUUCUGAACGUGAAGGCCACUCCGAUCGAGGGUCAGCCCCGGCAGGAUAGGUCCGCAGAAUUCAGUGUCAUCGAGAGCGGCUGCGGGCGCGGUGUGAGGGAAUUGAACCCGAGACGACGCCGCUGUUUGUACACCGACGAGCCGCGAGCGAGAGGUCGACAGGUGUACAGCACUAACGGCUGCCGGCGUUCAUGCAGAAACCAAGAGGCCCUGCGCGACUGCAAGUGUAAACCCUUCUACAAUCACUACGAAGAUGGCGUUGCGUGCUCGCUCCGCGGCAUGCGUUGCCUCGCCGAGCGCUCGGCGCGCGAGGCGGAGCGCACGACUUCCGAGGCAGCUCGAGUUAAGGCCGCGAAACAUGCGGCGCGCACACAGCCUAUUGUCUCUAAAGGUAGUAAGAGUGACACACAAUUAAUGCCGCCGAAGGUCGUGGACAGCUGCAAAUGCCCUCUGAUGUGUGUCGAUGCGCUCUUCGAGAUGCUUUCCUUAGUUUCAAAGAAACUGGAUGGUCCGUUCAGCAUCAACGGAGUAACGCGCAUUAAGGUCCAGGCUCCCCGGACUCGCUACACCAGAGAAAUUGUGUUCUACUUCCAGGAUCUUAUUGUGUCGUUCGGUGGUGCCACGGGUCUGUUCCUAGGAGCCAGCUUCAUCAGUUUCGUUGAGAUCGUGUUUUUCGCGGCAGAAUGGCUGAUAGGGCCUGUCCGCCGUGAUCACAAGGAAUUCCCGGUGAAGAAGCCGAAAGCAUCCCACGAGCAAGCCAGGAUCCAGCAUCUUAACGCCAUUUUGGAGAAUCAAAGCCUGUCAGCAACACCAAGCUACUGGCAUUCGCAUCUUCGUAUAUAA